AUGACGCGAACCCGAUCAGCAACGACCGGCGACUUAAGCCACGACAUGUUACCGACCAUACGAUUUUCCGCAUUCUAUGAUGCACGUUCAAAUCGGCCGUCCCUUUCCUUUACGCCGAUCUCACGGACAUUACCUACCGGUAAAGAGGCGAUUAAGGUUGGCCGAUAUUCCGAACGAGAGAAUCAUGCCCUCGUCCCUAUCAACACACCGUCAUCUGCUCCCGUAGGCUUUAAGAGCAAGGUAGUGAGCCGCCGCCAUUGCGAAUUCUGGUUCGAAAAGGGGAAAUGGUACAUCAAGGACGUAAAAAGUUCUUCGGGUACUUUUCUCAAUCACAUUCGUCUGAGUGCGCCAGGCACCGAAAGCAAACCUUUCCCCAUUAAUGAUGGCGACAUAGUGCAACUCGGAAUAGACUUUAAAGGUGGAGAAGAGAUGAUAUAUCGAUGCGUCAAGAUGCGCAUAGAGCUAAACAGAGGCUGGCAAUCGAAACCCAACACUUUCAACAUGGCAACACAUAAACGGUUACGAGAUCUAACCUCAUCUUCGUCGGCCCACGCCCAAGAUUGUUCCAUUUGUCUAAACGCGAUAGCACCUUGCCAAUCUCUCUUCGUCGCACCUUGCUCUCAUACUUGGCACUACAAAUGUAUCCGGGAAAUGUUAACUGGGCCAUCAUCGCCAAUCUUCAUAUGCCCGAAUUGCCGAGCUACUGCCGACCUGGAUGCAGAAGUAGAUGAGCCGUCCGACGAAUGGCAGCAACUGGACUCGGGCAUGGAAGAUGCCCAAGAGGAGAAGCCUGCACACCUGAUUUCUCAAGCAAAAGAGAUAGUUGAAUCACCCGCAACCUCGCCAGUUGAUAGCACCGGUGACGAGCAUCAGUCGUCUCACGAAGUUGACGUAGGAGAUGUGACAAUGCAGAUCGAUGGCAGCGUGCUGCAGACGGGUUUGCUGAGGCACGCUGCGACGGAGCCAGUCCCGAUACCAAAUGCGACACCUCGCAUGGGUAACGGUGAUCGGUCCGCAACAAAUCGAACGCCAUCUCCGAAUCAUCACCCGUUGGUCAACGGUCAUGAGGGACCCAUCACCCCCCGUAAUGACGCGGGGCCGUGGGUAUUUGAUGGCAAUCCCGCACGAGUUAGCCAGGAGAGCACUAGGCGAAAUGGCAUGAGUAGUCUAGAUGCGGCAGCGCAGGCGGGAGUCGAUAGAUCAUAG